UCAUUAUGAUAGCUUCGCUAAUCGGAUUGGCUGUCAAGCAACCUGCACACACAAUAUUGUAAGUGCUCUUUGUUCCGCCGUUUCUAAAGGUUCUUUCUUUCUCUCUCUUUUCUCUUGCUCUCUACAAAAGAUUUCAAAACUUCUUUCCCCAUUUGUACCUUUCAAAAGCCAAAAAGGCUUUUCAAAUGCCUUUCGCUUUCGACAAAGAAUGUCUGAUCACAUGAAAACAAACAAACCCCCCCCCGCGGAGAACCAGUAUUUACCAUGACUCAAUGCCUUUAACUAUCGAGUACAAGUGCACAGUUGUGCCGUUGCUAACCCUGAACGUUGACUGGCGGGAGGUAGUGCCUCUACAGAGGUUGAAUAGAGAUACCAAGAAGAUUCCAAUAUCCUGAUCAGUUGCAGAGACCCGAAGGAAAGAGCAAGCGGUAACAAAAUUCGUUGUUAUUAACAACUUUAAAGAUGGAUCAAAGAACAGCAAACGACUUGAAAGAAUCAGCAGCGAGUUUGACGAUGCAUGGAUUCGGAAGAUUGCUAUCGACCAAAUCAAAGGCAAUGAGAUGCAUCUGGCUGUUGCUAAUGCUUUUUUUUGUAUCACUUGUAAUUUUGACAGUGAUGCCAACAGUACGGAGAUACUUCAAAAGCCCGUCUUUAACAAAAGUAGAAACUGUUAGGGUAUCUGAAAUGAAAAUGCCAGCCAUAACAGUAUGCGGACCAACAUUAAGCAAAUACCGGGUCAAGCAGUUCGCUGAAAAAUCUAAUAUUACCCUGGAAAAGGACAAGCACGGGCAAAUCAGCAACUUAGAGGAGAUUUUAUCAAAAUAUGAUUCUCCUGCUAAACUUGCAUACGACACUCGCACCUUCAUAAUUAAUCCGAAAUCUGGCUUGGAAAGAUUAGGUAUCGAGUACCGUGGCUAUUGCUACAAGAUAAAUUCAAAUGGAACAUUUAUUCAACGAACAGCAGGCCCCGACAGGUCACUUGAAAUUGUCUUGUUUCUCAAUGUGUCAGAUGGCAUGUCUAUUUCAUCACGUCAACCUGGUGACUCCGUUGAGGUGAUUAUUCAAGACCACAAACAAUUUCCAUCUGUGGAUUCUGGGACAGUUCUCGCCCCUGUUGGUCAUUUGACACAAAUAGAGGUUAAGAAAACAGAGAUACGGAGGCUCAAAUCCCCGUACCCUUCAAAAUGCACAAAUGGUGAAAACAUGAAGUUGCUGUUCAAAGGAGAAUAUACAAUCAAUAACUGCAGACUAUCUUGCUUUCUUUCGAAGGUUGUUCACAAAUGUAAAACGAUAUAUCACUUUUAUAAUCUUCUUUUGCCGAAAAAGAUGAGAAAACCACCUAGUAGCAGAGAGGAUGAUUUUCUUUGUCAGAACAACAUAGAAAAAACACUGAGAAGCGAGGAAUAUGCUUCUUGUGGAUGCAGAUUGCCAUGCAAUGAAAUUAGGUUUCGUAAAAGUGCUUCAUUUUCAAAAUGGCCGUCAACACAAGAUAUUGCAUGGGAAAGGGUCUCUCUUGGCUUCGAAAUAGGUUUAAAUAAGAGUAACCUGACAGAAAAAUUUGUUCGUGACAACUUUAUUGCCAUCAAUGUUUUUUUUGGUGACAUGGAAUAUCAGAAAAUAACUGAAAUUCCGAUGUACACGCUUGAUAAACUAAUUGGAGAAAUUGGAGGCCAGAUGGGAAUCUGGGUUGGUGCAUCCAUCUUUUCUUUGCUUGAGCUGAUUUAUUUAUUUGUGCUGUUCGUAAGAUUCUCCUGGAGAAAGAAGAGAGCCUUUAACCUUGAUAAAAGUAGUGCGGUAGAAGAACAGUGAUUCUCUUCAUUAAGUAACAUGGAACAUUGUAAAAAAGUAAAAGUUUUUCUUCAGCUUCUUGAGAUUAAACAAAUCUUUAAAUUAAGGCCCUUGUGGGCCAAUGGUCCUUUACUUGUGCCAAAUGGCCUAUCCGUAACAUUUUGUGACAAAGGCACGAGAAAAGCACAUAUUGAUGCAUUUUUGCUUGCAUCGUUGUGUUAUAUUAUUGAAAUAAGCUCCUAACAUAAGCAAUUUUCGUAGCUGUUCUUAGUCAUUGUCUAAAUCUAUUUUUAUGCAUCGUAUGGAAAGAUGUCCGGCGUUGUUGAGUAUGUUUUCGAAAAUACUGCCAAGCGGGUGGAGUUCGGGGGGUUGGGUGGUGGUGGGGGGCUCAGCGGGCUUAAAAGUAGCCCUCGCCUUCUUUUUGCUAUUGUUUUUUUAAAAAUGUUAACCAUUUAUACACAUGCAAUAUACAUGUAGGUUAGAAUUUUACCCUCUACCAACCUCAACAAGUAGCUUAAAAUGUCAGGGGAAUCACGCAAACAUGCCUGGUAAAGUAGAAUUGUGGAAGAUUAGAAGAGAAAAGUUUUUCGUGUUUUUAAAUCGUUGUUGAGAAUCAGCUGAUGUAAAGAAGCACUUGAAGAAAUAACUUGGUCUCUGUCUUUUGUCUCUCUGUGGAUCCCCAUUUGUAUCUAUCUCCGAUGCAAUACUGUUUCUCUGGAUUGUUUUAUCUGACGAUCGCUUUAUUGUUUUGCUUUAAUGCUUUAAAGGUGCGAGCAUGGCUCAGUGAUUAGGUCCCUGACAUGUCUACUUUUCCCCCUAGAGUGAGGAGAGUCGCCAGCUCUCUGUAAUCUCAGACGUAGGAAUCACGGGGUGAGGUCACAUCGAGAGGAAGGACCAGGACACUGCUUGUGCUUUUCAGUGUCCUAAAACCACUUUAAGAAGCUAGGUAGCAAACAAUACAAUAUGUUUUGCUAAUGCAUUAUGAUAUUGGUAUAAGGCGUGGUUCAAACGUCGUGCUUCUCAUGUGCCGAACCUAGCUCGAGAAUUAAGUACAUGAGGGGCGCGACGUUUUAAUCAAUUUGGUAUGGCAGAUUUAGUUAGGAGCGGCAGACUAGUUUGGAUCGGCAGAGCUUGCCGAGCUGCACGGCUCCAGCACGGCACGGUUUCAAGCGUCGAACUUGUCAUGUACCGAACUCAAUGCAUAAUUAUAUUUAAUUUAUUUUCCUUCCCAAAAUUCAUUUCUUUCUUGGAGGGCGCCUGCGUUUCAAACAAAUAUUUGAGAUUGUGCGCCUCAACCAAGAUACUUCAUGUAACAAUCUUAAAACCCAUUUGGCGCGACAUGAUUAAGUUCGACGUUUGAAACGGGAGUCGCGCUAAACAUGCUCAAGUGUCGCUCCAAACAGAGUUGAGUUCGGCACAUGAUAAGUGCGACGUUUGAACCAGGCCUUAAGUCUCUCCUCGUUACUUCUGCUCUUUUAUCUUGCUCUCCUCUUCUUUUUCCCUGUUCUUCUUUAUUGCCACUCAUCUUCAUACAUCUGAUCUGUCCUUCUGAAGAAUAACUGCCCUAUUGCCUAUAGGAAUCUUGGUCAAAUUAUUUUUGUUUGGCUUGAAAAGCAGUUAAACACUAUAAAGCUCGAGCUUUGAAUUCUGGGACUAAAUUUAGUAACAAUGCUAGGUAUUCCUUAAAUACGAGCAGGGUUAUUGGUAGUAAGUCAAGAUGUUCCGGGGAAUGUUGAUGGCGGUGCACAAAUACAACAAGGCAUUGAAUGUGAAUGUCUCUCGGAUUUUGCGGACCAGCCAUUGUUGAUUGUUCAGUUCAGGUAAGACAUCAUCUCUUGAAAGAUAUGCUUGUAAAUUGAGGAUUUUUUGUUCAAAUAACCAAUGCUAUGAGUUAACAACUUUUAUCAUAGUGAUCUACCUCAAAAUGUCAGUAAAACAUCUACUUUUCAGGAAUUUAAAAUCUCCAAAGUAAACGCGAUGCAAUAUUUAAGAACAUUUAACGUUAACUGUGUGUUUUCCAAGAACAGAAUAGCACAUUUUCAAAGCUACGAUACGGCAAUCAACGGAAUUUCCUGUUGUAAAAACCACUCAACCUUCCGUUAAGAUUCAAGUAGCUAAAUUUGAUUUCUGCUUUAUUUUCAAUCCUUUGAAUACAGAGAGAUGCAUUGAAAACAUCUCCAAAUUCCCUUCUAUUUAAAGUGUCUUGAGAAGAAAAGAACGUUGAAUACAAAAUUCAAAAUCAAUGAAUACAAUCUUUAGAAAAUUGUCCUGCUGUUUCAGUAGCUAGGCUUUUCUGUAACUUUACUUAGCUCGUCUUCCGUGAAUUGAUAUCUCUCUAUUGGUAGUUUAUUAGCUUUACGUUGCCGAUUUGACACUUAACGAUAGAUCUACUGUAUAGUCCAAUCAAUGGGAAAUUGAAUGGCCAUGGAAAUUGAAUGGCCAUGGAAAUCAAUUGUCUUUAUAGUGCCUUUACGGAGGUGUUACAAUGAACGAACAAUCAUUAUUCAAGUACCGGCAAUCCAAUUUUACUAGAUGCAUCUGCCAUUUAAUAUGGCCGAAAAAUAUCACCCAAAAAGUAGUAUUAACGAGAGUGAGAUAUAUGGUGCAAUUAUUGGUGUCUCGAUUUCUAAUUGAAUGAAUAUCACAUGUGGGAUAGAACGAAUAAAGAAAUUUCAAUAUUUGGAUAGACAUUCAAUAUCACGCAUGAAUCAUUUACGAAUUCAUUUAAGUAUGUUCAUAUUUAAUCUAAAGAAUACACCAGCUUUAUCGCUUUAUAAUGUAGCCAAACGUCUGAUGUUAGCCUGUCCAUG